AUGAAUUCAUCCAGACAGGGUUCCAGCUCCCUCUUUUCAGGACUCAAGAAACUUGCUUCAAGAAAUGAUAAUGAUGGUGAUUCCGUGUACUCCUAUGACAAGAGACGUCAACCCAGUAUUUCCUCAUCUUUUUCUUCACUCUCAACAUCAAAUCUCUCUCAACAUGGCCAAUCCUUACAUACAAUUGACACUAAGCAUUCAACAGCUCAUUCACCACCUUCACCACCCGGUCAUCGCUCUUCAAACUUUACCCUCACAUACAAAGAUAUCAAUGCUCUUACUGAUAUUAAACCAAUUCCGUCAGUGAAAACCCACAGCACCAAUAACUCGUACCAAAGUUCUAAGCUUGGUAAUCUACGGAACCACAGUAAUUCACAUCUUCGUGCUGCUAGCACAGUAUCUACAAAUGCUACAGAUUUUCAACUCAAAAUGCCUGAAGAUCCAGCAGAAAUUGAACGCAGGUUUAAGGAACUAAUGGCAAAGCGCGACUUCAAGAGUUUACCACAAAAAGCCAAGGAUGAAAUGCACAAUUACAGUCCUGCGAAAAAAUGGAUGCUCAUUUAUCAAGAUGCAUUAGGUGAUUAUCAAAAACAAGAAAGAAGAACUAAGAAAGGGGAAGAAAGUGUAACACCAGAGUUCUACGUGAAAAAAUUGAUCGAUAAGACCAUUACCUUACAACAGUUGAAUAAUCUUUGGGUCUCUCUACGUACGGAGCCUGUUGACUGGGUCAACAGAUUCAUUGAAACGCAAGGAGAAGUUGUUUUGUGUAACGUUUUACAACAAUUGCAUACAAGAACAAGUCACCAAACUAUGUCUGCAGAUGAGAUGUUAGAGCGCGAAUUCUCUUUGAUCAAAUGUGUAAAGGCUAUCUUGAAUAUUGGGGAAGGGGCUGAUAUGGCGAUUUCCUCCAAAGUUUGUGUUCCUGCAAUCAUGAAUGCUUUGAUUUCUCCAAAGUUGAUAACAAGAAAGACGGUCACCGAAAUGUUGAUCUUUUUAGCUCACUGGAAAGCUCCAGAGGGUUACAAACAAGUUUUGGCAGCCUUAGGUAACUUGAACGGUGAUUCCAUAUAUCCUUAUAUUAAGGGCAUGGAUAAGUUUCUAGGAAAAAAGAAAGAUAGAAGAGAAAGCCACAUGAAUGGAAGCUCUUCGAAAAAACCACGGAUAUUUGAAGAAUGGUUUCAUGCAGUUAGCGAAACACUAGAUGGCCGUGGUAAAAUGGGAUCUCUUGUGGGUGCCUCUGAGGAGUUCAAGGCUAACGGCCAAUCAGGUGAAACUCAACUUCUGGAAUAUGUCUUGGCAACAAUGUUGUUGAUCAACAGUAUUGCUACGGGUGGCGAAGAUUUUAGAUCUCGUACUCAUAUUCGCGCAAAGUUCAGAGGGGCAGGCGUUAGUAGGUUGUUCAAGCGUUUCCAGGAAUUAGGAAAUGAUCGAGUUGACGAUGCAAUCAGGGAGUUUGAAGAGCAAGCUGCUAUGGAUUAUGAAUCAUUGGUGAAAGCUGACAGAGUUGGAACAAAUGUCAAUAUGAAUGAUCCAGUGUCUUUGGUCAACCAAGUAUGGCAUAAAGUUAAAGGCAGUGAAGCAGAAGGUUAUUUCUUGUCAACAAUGCAGCAUAUGUUUUUAGCUCAAGCCGAUCCAAUGAGAAGCAAUGAUUCGAAAGAAUUAUCAAAAUCAUUCAGAUUAAUUGAUGGAAUUGUGUCUGGUGUCUCUAUGCAUAACACAAGCUCUGAUGAAGAAACUUCUAUCAAUAUCGCUAUUCAACGAAUGUUUUCCGGUUUACAGAGUGAUGAAAUGGCAAGAAGAGCCUUACAAGAAGCCAAAGAGGCAACAAAACGUGCAGAAGAGGCUCGCGCUCAACGUGACGAGUUAGCAAAACAAUUGUCUGUGGGUGCAAAUGGCAUGCUCGAGAAAUUGUCAAAAGAAUUAGAAGAGCAAGAGAUUGUGUUAAUGCGCCAAAAGCGUAUGAAUGAUCAACUAACAGUAGAACUUGAUGAUUUGAAAAGACAACAUCUUUCUGAUAAACAGCAACUGGAACUUGAGAUGCGUGAAUUAUUCGUUGCUAUUAAUGGUAAUAGCGCUAUUGACCAGCCUAGCGGUAAGAAUGAAAUUUUAUCUGAAAUUCAAAACAGGUUGAUGGAGAAGCGUAUUGGCUACAAAAAACAAAGCAAUACUUGGAAUAAAACUGUUGAGCCAAAUACUAGGCUCAGAUCACUUCGUGAUCAAAUGGAUGAUUUGGGGCGUCAAGCUAGAGAAUUGGAAAUGACUGAUUUCCAGACUCACAAGAAAGAAGCGCCACCAAUCAGUUUUACUUCGCCAGUUUUGUAUCAGCAAACUCAACCUAGACCAGUGAGAGAGGAUGAUUUGGAUAAGCUUAGCAAGCUCAAGAAGAAGUUAGAAAGCUUGCAACAAGAUUCUAAUGAUAUCAUCAAAUAUUCUUCUGAUGAAAGAUUUGCCGAGAUCAUGAGACAAAAGAAGUAUAUGGCAUAUGAUCGUUUGAACCAGUUAAGUAGUUCAUUCCAAGAUUUCAACAUUGAUUUCGAUAUUCCUGAAACCGCCGUUGAUAAAAGAAACUCCUUGACUUCAGAUUUCAAGAGCAAAUUGAAGGACGAACUAGAUGAAGUUCAGAGACUAAAGAUGCAGCUCCAAAAACGUUUGGAGGAACUUUCAAAGAAUGCCCAAAUCUCAGAAGUUGAUGAGGAAAAUAAUGAGCUGUUCCAAAAACUUGAGAGCAAAUAUAUCGGCGGUAAGUCUACACAACCUUCUAUCGGUGAAGUUCUCAGUGGCCAUACUAUCUUACCGGAAGUUAAAUCUGGAAAAGCAAACGAGGCCUUCAAUUCAGUUCUUUCAGAAAUAGUCAACAAAAAGGCAGGAACUGCGGCGCCAGUAGAUAUUUCAAUUGGGAAGCCAAAUGAAGCUAAACCAGUGGCUGAAGAUAAAUCUCCAGAACCUGUGCCCGUAAAAGGCUCAUCAGUACCACCACCACCACCACCACUACCACCUAUGCUACAACCUCUUUCUCCGGAAACCAAUAAAUCACCACCUCCACCCCCACCACCUAUGCCCCCAAUGCUCUCACCAGUUCUUUCUAAGGCCGGUUCACCACCACCACCACCACCACCUAUGCCCCCAAUGCUUUCCCCAGUUCUUUCUAAGGCUGGUUCACCACCACCCCCACCACCACCGCCAUUACCACAAAUGUUGUCUCCAAAAUCACCACCAUUUUCUCCUAACUCUCCAGUUCCUCCACCAUUUCCAGUUGGUAGUGCAAAGUUUAAGAGAACCUCUAUUGGUAUCGCUACUAAUGAUCCUUUCAUUAAUUAUCCUCGUCCAAAGAGAAAAUUGAAACAGUUGCACUGGGAUAAACUUGAUAAUACUGAUAAUUCUGUUUGGGAUGGAAUUUCAGGUGAAACAUUUGCCAAUGAUCUCUUGGAUAAGGGUGUCUUUGAGGAAAUGGAAGAAAUGUUUGCUGCUAAAGAUGCCAAGAAACUUGCCUCCAAAAAGAGCUCUGAGGUCAAUAAAAUCACAUUUUUGGCUAGAGAUAUUAAUCAACAAUUUAAUAUUAACUUGCACGCAUUUUCUAGUUUAUCCGAUGAGGAUACGGUGGAUAGAAUAUUGACUUGUCAUAACUCGGUUCUAGAAAACAUCAAUGUUUUAGAGUUUUUAUCAAAACGUGAAGUUGUGGAAGUUCCAAAUAAUUUAGCCAGAAACUUGGAGCCAUAUAGUACGGAUUGGAAUAGAGAUUCUCAAAAGAAGCCAGAUAAGGAUCCAAAUGAAUUGCAGCGCGCUGAUAGAAUCUAUUUGGAGUUAAUUUACAAUUUACAGCAUUACUGGAGCUCAAGAAUCAGAGCUUUGCUUGUUAUUACCACAUUUGAAAAAGAUUAUUCAUCUUUGGUAACGAAAUUACAACAGGUCGAUUCUGCUGUGGAAGCUGUUGAAAAUUCUGAUAAUAUUAGAUAUGUGUUCAAUAUCAUUUUGGCUUUUGGUAAUUAUAUGAAUGAUGCAGGUAAACAGGCUCGUGGUUUCAAGCUUAGUACAUUGCAAAGAUUGAGUUUUAUGAAGGAUGAUAAAAAUAGUAUGACAUUUUUGCAUUACGUUGAAAAGAUUAUUCGACAAGUCUACCCCCAAUUUUCUCAGUUUUUGGAAGAUCUCAAGCCAGUUUUACAAGUUGCGAAGCUCUCCAUCGAGGUGUUGGAAAAUGAUUGCAAAGAUUACUCUAACUCCAUUAAAAAUGUUGAAGAUUCUCUUGAUAUUGGGAACUUGAGCGACCCUACUUUAUUCCAUCCUAAGGAUCGACUUCUUGCCAAUGUUUUACCUUCAUUACCUGAUGCUAGAAGAAAGAGUGAGUUACUUGCCGAACAAGCAAAGAUUAUUUUGAAUGGCUUUAAUCGCUUAAUGACUUUUUUCGGUGAAAAUACUAGUGACAAGUUUGCACGCGAUUCUUUCUUUGGGAAAUUUGCAAAUUUUAUACACGAAUAUGAAAAGGUUCAAAAAGAGAAUUUAAGUCGUGAAGAAGAACUUCGUGUUUAUGAGCAAAGGAAACAAAGUUUGGAGAAGUCUAUGGCAGAAAAACAAAAAAAUAGUGCUGCAGAUGCUCAAAGCAAUGCGGUUAUGGAUGAUUUGCUAGAAAAACUUAAACAGGUUGGCCCUUCCAAGGGUGAUCCGUCAUCAGCACGCAGAAAAGCACUUGCUAGAAAGAAAUUGAUGGAAGCUAAGAAGAGUAUUUUGGAUGUCACAACAUCAGGAUUAGGUAUAGCUGCCGAGGAGUCUGCUGAGAACUCUAUUGAUUAUAGCUCUAACACUACCGUAUUGACCAUUGAUGAUUCAAUAAAAGAAGAAGAUGAGCGAGAGGAAGAUGCUGGUAAAAAAGAGGAAGCAAAGCAUGAAGUGGAACAUAAUGGUGAUGAAUAUGAGGAAGUUGGGAAACAAGAAGAGAAAAGGGAUGGUGAAGAAGAAAAAUCCGAAGAAGACGAGGAUGAAAAAAACAGAAAAGAAGAACUGGACACUAACAGUGAUGAUAACACUGAUAAGAAAGAAGGAGAUGACCAUGUAGAAGAUGAUGACGGGGAAGGUGGUGAUGAUGUUGGUGCUAGAGCACGAAACUUGUUGAAAUCUUUGAGAGGAUCUGAUAUUUCACCAAGUUUGGGUGGCGAAGGGUUGACUGCAGCACAACAGCUCAGAAAACAGAAAAGAUUAGAGAGAUUACAACAAAAACAAAGCCAUCUGGAAGAUGAAAGCAAUGAGAAGGCAGAGAGUUAG